AAUUAUGAUUGGACCGCUAAAACAUAACCAUCCAAAAUCUAACAUUAUUUUCCAACUUUUCUUGGUAAUUCAUUUAUUGUUAGCUCUAACUCUUUCGUCGAUUAUGAACCCCAAAUUUCCCAUUCAAUCAAUAAAAUAAACCCUCUUUUUUUUGCAAGAAAUGGAGAGAGAUCUUGCCGACAACCGUAGGCAAUCAUACUCCACUGGUCGAUGCUUGAGUUCGCCGUUAUCUUGUUUCAUCCAUACAGAAACAGAGUACGCUCGAAUCAGUAACCACGGCAAGAAGACAAGACCAAGUCCGAAGUUAAGGGAUUUGAUGAGAAGAUUAUUAUUGGUUAGAAGUUGCGGAUUGGAGAAUAAUAAAUCGAAAACGUUAGUUACGUUUCACUACGAUGCUGUGAGUUAUUCGCAGAACUUCGACGAUGGUUUCUAUUUGCGCGAUGAUGAUCCUAAGGUUUUCAGUGAUCUUCCAAAACAGAGUCCGGGUCACUGAUACUUGCUCUGUUUUUUUUCAAUUUUAUUUUCGUAUGCACCCGCAAAUUCUGUGUUUUGCAAAUGUUCCCUAUCGUGUACUUUUGUUUAUUUAAGUAUAUACCCCAAUAGUUUUGGUUUAUUACAUGUGUACCCUAUAUUUUCUUUUCUACAUGUCUUACUCUAUUUCGUUUUGUUUUAGCAUUUGUUUAGACCUC